AUAGCAACAUACGAUAUAUACAAUAUAGGUCAGAUCGACACAAGUUUAGCUAAUAAAGCUUGGGCGUUUGUUCAACUGGAAUUCCCGGGAAAAAAGAGCAUUCCGUGGGAAGAUAGAAUACGCUGAAUCUAACUGAACAACUCAAAUUAAAUUGUGACAUGGACGUUUACAUGAAUCAUGGGUUUUUUUGUGUGACUUUGUGACGACACGACUUGCCGAAGUUUACUUUGCUAGAAGAACGUCCGGCGUUUAUACACGAACAUGGUGGUGCAGUCAUGAAUAUGAAAUGGAGGAGAAGUGCGAGAAAAUGAGAAAUGGUUUUAUAACGGUUGCCAUAUAGAAGUUGUGGAUAAAUUGAUAUAUGAAAUUUCAAAGAAACCAAAAUGGCCGCGGUGAAGAAUUUACGUUCCUCUUUGAUAAAAGAGUUCGAAGAGAUCACUUAUGCCAAAGUUGUGUUGCUGGGUAGCAUGGCUGUGGGUAAAACCAGCCUCGUGAAAAAGUUUUGUUUUGACAAAUUUAAAAAUAACCAGCCAUCCACUAUUCACGUUGACUUUGCCACAGUGAAAGUCCUUCUUCCGGACAUGAACAAACCUAUUGUUCUACAGAUCUGGGAUACGGUGGGCCAGGAGCGAUUCAGUAACAUGAACGUAUCUUUUAUGAGACGAGCUGCAGCCGCCAUUGUGAUAUAUAACGUCACCGAUAGGGAGAGUUUUUUCAGAAUUGAUGAAUUCCUCUCAGACAUUGAGCGUGUCAUACCGGAAGCGGAAGUUGUUAUUGUUGGCAAUAAAGAAGACCUGGGUGACCGGGUUAUAUCGUCUGAGGAAGGGGAAACACUGGCUAAGAGUCACGACUAUGAAUUUAUGGAAACUUCGGCCUUAACCGGACACAACGUCGACAGCCUCUUUCACGGCAUAGCUCGCGCUUUGUAUAAAAAGAAUCUACAGGCAAAAAACGAUGUCCUCAAACUGACUGGAAGUGCUACUCAGAAGAAGAAGAGUUCGUGUUGCAAGAGUUAAAAUUAUUCUUUCAACACAAAAUCAAAAUUCGCCAAGUUUGCGUCUUGACCUUUAAAGCACUAGGGUGUGUAGCACCAAAUCAAAUCCCAUAGACGACAAUACCAACAUAUAUGUGCAGGUCCGUAUGAACCGAGGUGUAUAUGGAGGCUUGUGUCGAGAUCGAAAAUGUACGGGAUUUGUUUCCUACUCUGUAUAAAUAAAGACAAAAAUGUGA